UGGCUACGUAGGUGAUUCCCAACAUUACAAGUCUGUAACGCAUGAAGGUUCACAGGUAACCUGUCCAGGGCACGAAGCAAAGAGAAAAGAAAUUCCUCGGCAGAUUUAUUAUUCUCUUUGGGACUACCAUCACCGAUCUUCCCCUUGUGGAUCUCUUGAAGCCAUUCAUCCAAAUCAGAUGCUCCCCUAGCUGGCAGAAGCUGUAGAAAUUGCAUUAGCAGACACCAUGGUAACUGUUUGUAGUUGCUGUACUUCUUGACUGAUAAGGUUGGGUCGCCUGAUCUUUGAAAAAGCGCAUGCCUGUGAGUUUCAAAAGGAAUCAAUUGAUAUCAAACAAUACUGCAUCACCAAGGGCAGUUUCAAGAGAAAAUAAAAUCCUAUCUGCAGUCGUUUCAACGGAUGAAACUUCUUCAGACUUAACUACUACAUCCUGUGAUAUUUGGUAAUAUUUUGGCUCUAUAUUUGGCUCGUCCUUUUCUUUUGGUAAUAUCCACCGGUGUUUGACUCCCACGAUUCUCGUCACUUCCCACCUGUCCACCGCAAUUGACUCAUCCUCACGAUCGCCGAUGAACUCAGACGACCCUGCCGAUGCCGCCGAUAGACUUCAGGUCCCGCUCCUCAACCUCUCCAAGGUGCGAUCGCGAAUAGACCAUGUCCAACGAUUCCUUUCGGAUUCACUCAACAGCAACACUGUCAUAGGAGAAGCGCAGAUGGAGAUUGUUUCCAAGGAGAUCAGCUCUGCCAUCAACCAAGUAAUCGUUAACGGAACUGCCCUUCUCUCCUGCUCUCGACUCCCAAAAUCAAAAUCAGAAAAAACCAAUGCUUCCGAACCGUCAACAAGUUUGACUUUUGAUGGGAAAAACUUGUCGGAAUCGGAUCUGAAUUUGAAUAAUUUGAAGCAUGAUAUGGAGUUAGGGUUUCCGAAAACAGAGGUUUUCGAUGAUGAAAAUGGAGUAGACUGGGAUAUUGUAGAGCUUGAUGCUGUUGAACUACUAGCGGAACACUUACAUUUCUGUAAUAUUUGCGGGAAGGGUUUCAAACGAGAUGCAAAUCUGCGAAUGCAUAUGAGAGCUCAUGGGAACAAGUUCAAAACCCUCGAGGCGCUUGCGAAGCCUGAGAAAUCAGUAUUGGCUUCUGAGUCGGGUCGUGGUGGGAGGACGAGGUUUUCGUGCCCAUUUGGUGGGUGUAGCAGGAACAAACUGCACAAAAAGUUCAGGCCCUUGAAGUCUGUCAUCUGUGUGAAAAAUCACUUCAAGAGGAGUCAUUGCCCUAAGAUGUAUUCUUGCAAUCGGUGCCAUAAGAAGAAUUUCUCGGUGCUGGCUGAUCUGAAAAGCCAUUUGAAGCAUUGUGGAGAGACAAAGUGGAAAUGUUCAUGUGGGACAAGUUUCUCAAGGAAGGAUAAGUUGUUUGGGCAUAUGGCUCUUUUUGAGGGACACAUGCCUGCCAUGCCGGAAGAGGUGGUGGCCGAGGAGGAUGAGAAGGCAAAAGGGGUGGCGGCACUGGUGGUGGAAAAUGCAGAGGAUGGGAGUAGUAAUCCUGUGAAGGGGAUGGAUUGGGUUGAUGACAACAUGGAUGAUGGGUUUUUCAAUGGAUUGCUUGAUGGGUUGGGUUCAAUUGGCGAUGACUUUUGCAUACAGGAUAUACUUGGUGGUUCUUCUAAUAUUGGUACCGAUUGGAGUUUGUAGGCCUUUAACAAGAUCAGGUAUGCGUGCUAGAUUGUCUUCCAUGUAUACCUGCUGUUUGGAGCACAUAUAGAUGACAUGCAUGUUAUAUAUAAUUUCUCUGAUGAUUAUUUGUUCUGUUGUCUUUCUGAAUUCUACUGUAGUUGCUGCUACAAUAUUUCCCUUGGUAUAAAGUGGAAUAAAGUGAGGUUCUUUAUGA